AAUUUAGUUGCAAUCUAUGUACGCCAAGCUGUUGACUGUGACCGCUUUAUUCGUGACAGCGCUAUGCAUCACAGCGCAGACAACGUCCGCACUGGAUGAUCUCAAAGAUGGUCAAGUUUGUGCCAAAGAAUUGGACAAAAACGAGACUAUGGCCGAGUUUCGAAAAGCUUUUCCUGACGCCGCAACUGAGGUCGAAAGCUACCUUGGUUUAUUGCUGGAUGACAAAGACGGUAUCAAGAGAUAUACCAUUAAUUUUCACAAUCCAGAGUGGACGUCCAUGUAUGUGAAUGUUCUCGAUAAAACUUCCGAAAAAAAUUACUUCUUACGCGUGGACCUACUUGCUUCGGAUCUAUGGAGUGCGUAUGAGGUCAACGAAGAAGAAUUCAAAAAAUGGAAGACCGCUUGUCAGCUUUGAUCGUCAGAAAUUACGCUUUCCUUAACUAUACGAUUUGUCGGCUGGCUAUAUAAUCGAACU